CCGGUCCGGUCCGGCGGGGAGUCCACCCAGCAGAGGGGCCUGGGGAGCCGGAGCGCUCCCUGCCGAGCUGGUUGCCCUGGUUCUCCUGGGCCACGUCCUCGCAGGCUCUCCCCAUUCCCCGGGCCUUACUCCCUGUCCCCUUGCUGGUCGCUGGCCGGGCCCUACAGCUACCCCGGCCCUACAGCUGCCCCCUUUCACUCCCGCUUCAGCCCUCGCCAGUUGCCCGCCUAGCCCCUGAAGGCAAUGUGUUUCCUGCCACCGGGAGUUCACCUCUCUGCAGCCUGGCCUGUGGCCGUUCUCACUUGACCAGAUCAUGACUCACGUGGACGAAGCAGCCCGCCGGCUGUCCAAGACCGGUACGAGCCUCUACGCAGUGCUGGAGCUCAAGAAGGGCGCCUCACCUGAUGAAAUCAAAAAGGCCUACAGGAGACUGGCCUUGAAGUAUCACCCAGACAAGAAUCCAGGGAAUGCUCAAGCAGCAGAAAUAUUCAAAGAGAUCAACACAGCCCACUCUGUACUGAGUGAUGAAAAGAAGCGGAAAAUCUACGACCGGCAUGGCUCGUUGGGGUUGUAUUUAUACGAUCACUUUGGUGAAGACGGCGUCAGAUACUAUUUUAUGAUGAACAGUUGUUGGUUCAAGACACUUGUCAUGCUGUGUGUUCUGCUCACCUGUUGCUGCUGCUGCUGUUGCUGCUGCUUUUGCUGUGGGACACUAAAGCCGCCCCCCGAGGACAUAGCGAGGAGAAAAUACGAGCAGAACGUCCAGACCCAGCCUGGGCAAGCGAGUGAGAACCACGGACAGGGACCAGGAAAAAAAGCAACUUUUAGAAGAUCGGAAGAAAAUGAUAGCGAAGAUAAUUAAAAGAUGAAGAAGAGUGGGGUGCUGACCCAAUGAAGGUGACGUCUGCUGCCCAGUCCACUGGACACAUCGAAGAGAGGAGCAAGUAGCCCUGUCCUGACAUUGACCCUGAAUUGCCCCUCUUCUUGUAAGAAUCCCAACUCGAGAAGCACUGAUGGCGUCCAUCCCAGUGAGGAUGCAGUCUCUGCCCCUGACGGCGUCACUGACCCUUGCCAUACAGGGCGCCCAGCGACUCUUCUUUUUUAGCUCCGGUCCCAAUUUUAAUGUUAGAGAGCAGGCACACACACCCCCAGCCCUACCCUGGAGAGAUCUCAGGCGGUGGUGAUAGACUUCUCCCCAGCAUCCUUUUCCCCACGCCUCCUUUGGGAUUUGAGCCCAUGUCAGCUGAGUAGGGUCCCUGAGUCACUUGUGAUAUCUCCACCCAAUCCUGAAAGCUGAGCAGAGUGGAUCCAGUCCCAGAGCUGUGGUACCAUUAAUCCUCCUUUGUUGCAACUCUGCACCAAGGACUCUUAGCAUCAGACUCAUUCCUAAGCCAGAACCCCUUUCCGGGUGGGACCGGCCGCACCUUCUUCUGGUGUCCAUACCCCUAGCAUCACCAACCUCAUUCCAUGCCACCACGCGUCAGCCGAGGGAGGCUCAGGGGUAGUUCUCCCGCUUGUGGGUUGUCCCUGGGCUGCAGCUGCCAGCAUCGCCCCAUCAGCAUGGGCCCUGGGGUUGCCUGACGUUCUCAAUCGGUGCCUGUUUGCCUCCGUUCUUUCACCACCUCUGAUGCAGGCUGUUUUCAAAACAGAGGCAUGAAACCCACGGUAGGGAAAUGAUUGUAUGUUCACAGACCCUUUUCCCACUCGGGCCUCUUCACACAACCUGUUUGGUAUCCUCUCCCCAGCAUUUAUUUCCCGUCCACCAGGGUCAGAGUUUUGUACGUCCUCAUACUUGUCUGUCCUGACUGGGAGAAGGGCUGAAGAAUGUCAGUAAAUAAAAGAGCUUUUGUCCAA